AUGAACCUCAAAUUAAUCCUAAAUUCAAAAUGCUUGAGGAGUUUUUCAAGAAUCUACUCAACAUUUCGACAGAUUGAUUUACAUGUCGCGCGAAUGAUGUCGUCAUCAAAGAAAAAUUACACUAUUUCUGUCGAAGGAAAUAUUGGGUCAGGAAAAAGCACUGUGUUAUCCUGUCUUUCGAAAACAUCGUUAUUUGACAUCGUUGCAGAACCGAUUGAAACAUGGACUAAUUUAAAAGGUCACAAUCUUCUUGCAAUGCUCUACAACGAUCCACAUCGUUGGGGGUUUACAUUCCAAGCAAAUGCUCAAAUGUCUCUAGCAAAAUUGCACGAACAACCAGCGAAGGCACCCGUUAAAGUUAUGGAAAGAUCGAUCUAUAGUGCACGAUAUUGUUUCGUAGAGAAUCUUUACAAAAAUAAAAUUUUACAACCUGUUGAGUACGAGAUUUUGAAAGACUGGUUUGAAGUAUUAAUAUCGAAUGACUCUUGUCAUCUUGAUCUCAUUGUAUAUUUACGUACAUCUCCAGAAACAUGUCUUGAACGUAUUAAAACUCGUAAUCGACCUGAGGAACAAUCCAUUACUCUUGAUUAUUUAUAUCAAUUACACGAAUGUCAUGAACAAUGGCUUUCGUCUCGAACUCGGACAGUGAAAACACCUGUUCUCGUUAUUGAUGCUGAUCAAACAAGAGAACGCGUAUACAGUGAAACAAACACACACUUGAUAAAUCUCGCUUCAUGUUAA